AAAUAUGUUUCCGGUAAAAAGAUGAAUAAUAAGAGAAGUCUUAUUGUUGCGAAUGUUGCUAUAAACCAAAACAGUGAUCUCCAACUGAUGUAUUGGGUUAGGAAUCCUCCAAUCGGUGGUCCAAUUACUGGACCAAUGAAAAAUCCAAGAUAA